UCUUGUGUGGUGAAGACGCUUCUUAAAAGGACCUCUGGGUGCCAAAAAACAUAAAAUGAGAGAGUUUUUAAAUCAAUCGUUUCGUUUAGUGACAAUUUAAAGUGUUAAUUUCACCACUAAGUGAUAACUAAAGUUUUAAGGUAAAAAUCUUUUUUACUACUUAAAUUGGGUUAUGACACAUGUUUCCGAAAAACUCGAUAUAAUGGACGCAAUUUCACCCACAAGGAAGCCAACCAAAGACAUAUCAAUCUCAAGACUCCUCCUGGUGAUAAUCCUCACCUUUUUUGCAUUAACAAUCAUCACAACGUCCCUUCUAACUUAUUAUUUAUCCCCAAAGGUGACUAAUAUCAUUCAAAACGACUGCAAAAGCAACCCCACCACGUUAAGUUUAACCCAAAUCGACGACGAUGUCCAAAAUAAUGAAGAAGAACAAACCGAUCUAGAUACUUCAACUCCAGAAAUGAACCAAAUCGAAGUUACCACUAAAAGUUUUAAAGAAGAGAUGAAUUUGAGGCUGCCAAGGUCGAUUAAGCCGAAUUUUUAUCGCCUAUUUAUGCUCCCUUUUUUAAUCGAUGGAAAUUUAACGUUUAAUGGAAACGUUUCGAUCAACAUAACAGUGGAAGAAGCAACUAAAAUAGUGACUUUACACGUGGAUGAAUUAGAAAUAGAACCAAAUUCGGUUGAGAUCUUAUUACUUAAAGAUAAAGAUGAAAAAAAAGAAAGUUUAAAAGUUGUACAAUUAUCUAAUGAUACGACAAAAAACUUUUUUAACAUCCAUUUGGAGGAGGAUUUAAAGAUAGGGAUGGUUUGCGAGAUUCGAAUGCGAUUUAAAGGGGUUUUAAAUGAUAUUUUGGAAGGAUUUUAUCGGAGUUCUUACGUUUUAAAUGAUACGAAGAGAUGGAUUGCUGUGACUCAAUUUCAACCGACGGAUGCAAGGAAAGCUUUUCCGUGCUUCGACGAACCCGCUUUGAAAGCUAAGUUUCAAGUCAAUCUGGGAAGGUCGAAGGAGAUGUCGUCGAUUUCGAAUAUGCCGAAGUUUAAGUCUACACCGAUCUCAAAUCUCCCCGGAUAUUAUUGGGACCACUUCGAAACAUCCGUACCUAUGUCCACAUAUUUAGUAGCCUUCGUAAUUUCCGAUUUCGACCACUUAACUAACCAAACCGUAUCGAUUUGGUUCCGCCAAACCAUGCUAAACCAAGCCGGAUUCGCCUUAAAAGUGAGCCCAGCCCUUUUAACAUUCUACGAGGAGUAUUUCCAACUCAAAUUCCCCCUCCCAAAGAUCGAUAUGGUGGCAUUACCCGAUUUUUCAACAGGAGCCAUGGAAAAUUGGGGGUUAAUCACUUAUCGAGAAUCCGUUUUGUUAUACGACCCAGAAAAGUCGACCAAAUUCAACAUGCAGGUGGUUUUAAUCGUUGUGGCACACGAAUUAGCCCACCAAUGGUUUGGAAAUUUGGUCUCUCCUUUGUGGUGGGAUGAUUUGUGGUUAAACGAAGGUUUUGCGACUUUUAUGGAGUAUUUGAGUGUCGAUUCGGUUUAUCCUGAGUUAAAAGUGAUGGAUCAAUUCGUCGUGCAUGAAUUACAAGGGGUUUUAACGAUUGAUGCCUUAAAAUACUCCCACCCAGUUUCUGUGAAGGUCGAAAAUCCGGAUGAGAUUAAUAACAUCUUCGAUGGGAUAUCCUACGCGAAAGGAGCGACGAUUAUUAGGAUGAUGGAGCAUUUUUUGAGCACGAAAGUGUUCCGAGCUGCUUUAACCAACUACUUAUUAGACCGAAAAUACUCCAACGCUGAGCAAGACGAUUUAUGGAGAUUUCUAACAAAUCAAGCCCAUUUGGAGCAAAUUUUAGACCAAGAUAUGUCGGUUAAAAUAAUAAUGGACUCUUGGACCUUACAAACAGGAUUUCCUGUCAUUACAGUUACAAGGAAUUACAAAAAUCGAUUAAUUAAGUUUAAACAAGAACGAUUUUUGGUGGCAGGAAAUUCGAGUGGGGUUGAUUCGUCUUUGUGGUGGGUUCCUUUGACUUAUUCCACGAAAAACGAUGGAAUUGAACGAAAAACUUGGCUUAAAUCAACUCGGGAAAUCACGAUUAAUUCUGAUUUAUCACCGGAUGAGUGGUUGUUGGUUAAUUUGAACCUCACGGGGUAUUAUAGGGUUAAUUAUGAUGAACAGAAUUGGUACCUUUUGAUUGAGGAGAUUAACUCGAAGGAGGGUUAUUUAAAAUUUGACCCAAAAAAUCGCGCCCAACUCUUAGACGAUUCGUUUAAUUUAGCCAAUGGGGGUUAUUUGGAUUAUUCAAUCGCUUUGAAUGUUACUAAAUAUCUGGUUUAUGAGAGAGAUGCGAUUCCGUGGAAGACUGCUUUUAUUACAAUCGAGUAUUUGUACAACAUUUUUAGCAGAACGGGACAUUUCGACUUAUACAAAGUAAGAUAUUAAC